UCACGUGGGUCGACGGGGGUGAAAUUUGUGAAUCGCGUUCAAACAUGAAGCCUGAGCUGAGAAAUGAGCCGUCGUCGCCUCGGCAGAUGUAGUUUAUCUCUCUGUAAGUGACGUCCACCGGGACCAGGACCAGGACCGGCACCGGUACCGGCACCAGGACCGAUGUCGGAGCAGCUGAACCGGUUCGAGCGGCUGGCCGUCAGGCCGCCGCUCGGAGCUCCGCCUGCAGGUCACCGAACUCCUCCGGCCCGCAGCGGCCACCGCUGCGUCGCUGACAACACUAACCUGUACGUGUUCGGAGGUUACAACCCCGACUACGACGAGUCCGGAGGCUCUGAGAACGAGGACUACCCGUUGUUCCGGGAGCUGUGGAGGUAUCACUUCGCCACCGGCUGCUGGCAGCAGAUCCGGACGGAGGGAUACAUGCCCACGGAGCUGGCGUCCAUGUCAGCUGUUCUGCAUGGGAACAACCUCCUGGUGUUCGGCGGCACCGGGAUCCCCUUCGGUGAAAACAACGGCAACGACGUUCACGUCUGCAACGUGAAGUACAAGCGAUGGUCGCUGCUCAACUGCCGAGGGAAGAAACCCAACAGAGUCUACGGACAGGCCAUGGUGAUCAUUAACGGCUUCCUGUACGUGUUUGGAGGGACGACCGGUUACAUCUACAGCACAGAUCUGCACAGGCUGGACCUGACGACCCGGGAGUGGAUCCACCUGAAACCCAACAACCCCCCCGACGACCUGCCGGAGGAACGCUACAGGCAUGAAAUAGCACACGAUGGACAGAGGAUCUAUAUUCUGGGAGGAGGAACGUCCUGGACGUCUUACCCUCUGGAUAAGAUACAUGCGUACAAUCUAGAAACUAACUCCUGGGAGGAGAUUACAACUAAACCUCAUGAAAAAAUAGGGUAUCCCGCGCCGCGGCGGUGCCACAGCUGUGUGCAGAUACGGAACGACGUGUUUAUAUGUGGAGGCUACAACGGGGAGGUGAUACUGUCGGACCUGUGGAAGAUCAACCUGCACACGUUCCAGUGGAGUAAACUGCCGGCAGUGAUGCCGGAGCCGGCUUACUUUCACUGUGCUGCUGUCACCCCCGCCGGCUGCAUGUACAUCCACGGCGGCGUGGUGAACAUCCACGAGAAUAAGAGAACGGGCUCUCUGUUCAAGAUCUGGCUGGUGGUGCCGAGCCUGCUGGAGCUCUGCUGGGAGAAGCUGCUGAAGAACUUUCCCCACCUGACGGGCCUGCCCACCAUGCAGCUGCUGAACCUGGGCCUCACGCAGGAGCUCAUCGAGCGGCUCAAGUAAAGCCCAGCGGACGCCGAGCAGACGAGCGGCAGGGAGAGAAGAGAUCCAAACGCAGCACAGGAUAGAAAAAGAAAUCCAUUAAAAAGGUCUCGGGGCGCCGCCCUGCCGCUCUCCUGCCUGAAGUAGCCCCGCCUUAAAACCAAAAACUAUGGGAUGCCUUUUUUUUUUAUGUCGUUUAUGUUCUUUUUUUUUGCAGUAAAGGUGAAAGUUGGAUAUAUGUUGAAGGUUUUAUGAAUUUUACUCCACCCCCCCACCGUUCCAUCGCCGCUCCUACAGCAUUCUGACUCUUGACGCUCGUCCAUCAAUCUGCGACAGCUGGAAAUAAAAAAAAAUACUGACUUUUUUUUUGUUAAGCUGCAUUCUCAAGUCAUAUUUUUUUUUUUUUUUUUUUUUUUUACAAAUUCAGUGCAAAAGAAGAAUGCAUGCAUAUUUAUUUGAAAGACUCAAUCACCUUUUUCCUGGAACUGACAUUGCUGUUUGCACAUUUUUGUCAUACCUGUUUGUAGGGAUUUACUAAUUUAAUAGAUAUGACACAAGGGAAUAACCGCAGGAAUUAUUCCAGUGAAAAAAAAAAAAAAAGGGUGCCUGGAAGGAUUUGCCGUUUUAAUUUUUAACAUUUCUGGCAAUAUUUUUUUUUUUUUUUUUUUUUUUUUUGGGAUUCACAUGUUUCCUGCCUACAUACAUUUGAAAAAAAACAACUAUUAAUUGUGAUGAAUUAUCUAGAAAACAUUAAGAACCACAGCGAGCUGUUUCAUGGCCUUGAAAAGACGAUUUUAAGUGCUGGUUUUUCCCACUUCCCAGUUUGUUCAGUGUAGAAAAUCAACUGCUUAAAAGAUCCAACGACACGAUUCACUUCUCCUUUACGUUUCCUCACAGCUUUUUAUUUGUAAACCAAACCGCACUACAUGUCACUGUGAAUUUGGUGCUCUUUAACUUUUAUUUAAGAUGCUUCUCCUUGAAUAAAGACUUUAUUCCCGGUUUGAAGACGAUGGUUCUCGGUAGCAACGCUCUCCCAAGCAUCCGUUUAUACUGCAGUGCCUUUUUUGAACUUGCAACAAAAGUAUUUCACAAAUAUAGGCAGCGUUAAGAUCUCCGCAGGUAUAGACUGACUUUAUAAUCCGGUCACUAUAAAACUUCAUGUUCUUUUAUUCAGUACCGACUCUGGAAGCACUUAAGCAUCAUCUAAGGUGGUUUUUUGAUCAAUGCCAAAUGCUGUUGCACCAUUUUAGUAUAAAGAUGAAUUAAAAAGUAAAGAUUUUCAGGUGGUUUGAUUCUCAAAUGCAUGAAUCUGCCUGCGCUUCUUUUUCCCUUAACCUUCAAAUUUAUGUUUUUUUCUGAACCAAACGUCUUCAUGCAUGUCAUUUCCGCUUUAUCCGACAGUUAAAUCUUUACUUUAGGGUGCGGUUUUACUGCUGACCUUUAAAAUUAUGUACAGUUAGGCUUGUAUGAAUGUUGUGUUAAGAGUUGUGUCAAUA